AUGGCGGGGGGAAAUUCACCACGUGUUAAAUUGAUUUUAGAUUUAUUUGAAAUCGGUGCUUUAAAAUUUGGCACUUUUACUCUGAAAAGCGGCAUCGAAUCGCCUGUAUACUUCGACCUUCGUGUGAUCGUCUCCUAUCCAAAAAUCAUGAUACAAGUGGCAGACGAAAUGUGGAAAGCGACUCAAAAUUUGAACUUUGCACAACUGUGUGGCGUCCCAUACACCGCUCUGCCUAUUGCCACUUGCAUGUCGACGAAAUACGAUGUCCCUAUGAUGAUAAAAAGAAAGGAAGCAAAGUCCUACGGUACUAAGAAGUUAAUCGAAGGAAAAUUCGAAAAAAAUACAAUCUGUUUGGUUAUAGAAGAUGUAGUCACUACGGGCUCUAGUGUUCUGGAAACGGUGCGUGAUUUGGCCACAGUUGAGGUGAUGGUGCAUGAUGCUAUAGUCUUGUUAGAUCGAUGUCAGGGCGGGAGAGAAUCGCUUGCAGAUAAAGGGAUAAAGUUACACAGCGUAUUUACGCUUAAAGAAGUCUUGUCCAUUUUAGAAGAAACCGGAAAGCUCGAUAAAGUGAUGGUCCAAAGAGUGAACACUUUUAUCGAACAAAAUAGCAAUGUUGUCCCAGUGGUGGCUCAAGCUUCCAAAGCACUUGCCUACCAACAGCGUGCUACCAUAGCAACCAAUCCUGUUGCUAAGACGUUAUUCACCAUAAUACACGAAAAACAAUCAAACUUGUGUGUGUCCGUAGAUUUGACAUCAACUGCGGCCGUUCUUGAGUUAGUCAACAAAGUUGGUGAUUUUAUCUGCAUGGUGAAACUUCAUGUUGAUAUUAUUGAGGAUUUCAACAUGGAGUUUGUCUCGGCCUUGCAAGCUCUGUCCCAAAAGCAUAAUUUUUUAAUUUUCGAAGAUAGGAAAUUUGCCGAUAUUGGUAACACGGUAAAGUACCAGUAUGGUUCUGGAGUAUACCGAAUCUCGGACUGGGCACACAUAGUGAACGCUCAUUCGGUUCCUGGUGAAGGUGUUGUUAAAGGCUUGAAAGAGGUUGGCAUACCGAAGGGGAGGGCUUGUCUCAUGAUCGCCCAAAUGAGUUCAGCCGGAAAUUUAGCAACUGGUCAAUAUACUGAAGCUACAGUAAAGAUUGCCGAUGAUAACCCUGAUUUUGUGAUUGGUUUUAUAUGUACCUCGCGGGUGUCAGAAAAUCCGGCAUUCAUCCACAUGACCCCUGGGGUGAAGUUACAAUCAGGGGGUGACAACCUCGGCCAACAGUAUCUCACGCCGGAAGAAGUGAUUACCAAUCGUAGGAGCGAUGUGAUAAUCGUUGGGCGUGGUAUCUAUGCUGCUGAUGAUCCUGUUGAGGCUGCAAAGAUUUACCAAGAAGCUGGGUUCAAUGCAUACAAGGCUGGACUAGAACAGUAG